AUGGCUAGAAUUUUUGGAGGAAACGAGACUGAAGCAAACACAAGUAGAGUAGUUGGAACGUACGGUUAUAUGUCACCAGAAUACGCAAUAGAUGGCCUAUUCUCAGUAAAAUCAGAUAUAUUUAGCUUUGGUGUUCUAGUGCUUGAGAUUGUGAGUGGAAAAAGAAACAGAGGAUUUUCUCACCGUGAUCAUCACCAUAACCUUCUUGGACAUGCAUGGAUGCUUUAUAGAGAAGGUAGAUCUUUGGAAUUAGUCGAUGCUUCCCUUGGCAUCUCAGACUAUUUAUCAGAAGUGCAGCGAUCAAUUCAUGUGGGACUGUUAUGCGUUCAACAAUGUCCAGAAGAUAGGCCAAGCAUGUCUUCACUAGUAUUGAUGUUGGGGAAUGAAGGUGUGUUGCCUCAAGCUAAACAACCUGGUUUUUUCACAGAAAGAGAUUUAUAUGCUGCUGAAAGUUCAACCCGCACAACUGCAGCAACUUCAUUAAACCAUGUGACCAUUUCAAUGCCUGAAGCACGAUAA